AUGAGGAGGCCCAGGAGGCUGAAGAGUGACUGGAAAUUAUCUACAGUACCCAGGGAACCUGGAGCCUGCCCUGCUCUCCUCCAGGCCAUGAUGAUCCUCCGACUCAUCGCACUUGCUCUGGUGACAGGGCACGUAGGGGGAGAGACAAGGAUCAUCAAGGGUUACGAGUGCGCCCCUCAUUCCCAGCCGUGGCAGGUGGCCCUCUUUCAGAAGACUCGACUUCUCUGUGGGGCAACCCUCAUCGCCCCCAAAUGGCUCCUGACUGCAGCCCACUGCCGCAAGCCCCGUUACGUGAUCCUCCUUGGGGAGCACAAUCUGGAGAAGACAGACGGCUAUGAGCAGAAGCGGAUGGCCACUGAGUCCUUCCCCCACCCUGGCUUCAACAAUAGCCUCCCCAACAAGGACCACCGGAAUGACAUCAUGCUGGUGAAGAUGUCCUCUCCCGCCAUCAUCACGCGAGCUGUGCAGCCACUCACCCUGUCCUCACACUGCGUCACCGCGGGCACCAGCUGCCUCAUUUCCGGAUGGGGCACUACGUCCAGCCCCCAGUUGCGCCUGCCUCAUUCCUUGCGAUGUGCCAACGUCUCCAUCAUCGAACACAAGGAGUGUGAGAGCGCCUACCCGGGCAACAUCACAGAAACCAUGCUGUGCGCCAGCGUUCGGAAAGAGGGCAAGGAUUCCUGCCAGGGUGACUCUGGAGGCCCUCUGGUCUGUAACAGAUCUCUACAAGGCAUCAUCUCCUGGGGUCAGGACCCAUGUGCAGUCACCAGGAAGCCUGGUGUCUAUACAAAAGUCUGCAAAUAUAUUGACUGGAUCUACGAGACUAUGAGAAACAACUAGAGGGGACCCAACCCCUCCAACCUCUUCUUAAUGCUUUGACUUCUGUUCAUUCUCCCCUAAGAACCCCUCAGCUGGGACCCUUGCAUGCACUCUCUCCGACCCACCAUGGAUAUAGUAUAGGGGAUGCUCUGACCUGAUGAUCAACUUGGGGCUUGGAACAAAUCCUGGCUUGACCUGAGUUGUGACUCUGGACAUGAUCAUCACUGGCUUUGUUUGUUUGUUUUUUGUUGUUUUGUCCCUGGCCCUGAAGGAAGUCCGUGGCAUAUUCCAGGGUUCCAAUAAAUAUUUGUUAAAUGAUAAAA